GUGGAUGCAAUUCGUGCGUUCUUGGUCGCUAAAUUUAAACUCUAAAAUGUAAAUUAGAUAUUCCCACGACAUGUGCCAGUGAAGGAACAGGUGAAUUAGUGAUAGGUUGAGUGAUUUUGCUUCCCAAGUAACGCGUCUAGUUUUCCUGUGAGAGUGAAGUUCGGUUUCGUUCGGUUGUUUUGAAGUUGUGAGGAAGUGCAAGGAAGAAUGUUUCUUGGUUGGCCUUAGUUAUGACUUUGAAUCGAUUUGUAGCUGCGGUUUUGGGAUGAUGCCUAAAAGUUAAAAAUCGGUCAUUUCAUAGUUAUACCCAGCCUACCCAAUCCGAAGUGGAAAAAUUGUUUUCGGGGUGCUUGAAGACGACGUGAAAGACGACAACCUUGAUUGAAGGCUAUUCAACCGCUUCUAAUCUUCCGCAUCAGUUGCUCGCUGCUGAAUGGAUUAAGCCGCUCAAAGGAAUCCUUGGUAGUAUCGAAAGUUUCUAGGUCAUCCCGUAGUGUGAAGUUUGCCUUCCAGACACCUAGUAGUGUAUGCUUCCUACAAAAUCCUAGAUUUGAUGCUUCUCACCGAACAUUGUGAUAGUUGAAGGCAGGGAUAUUAGCCUGGACUCGACUAAAAGUGAAGCUAAUAUAAAAUACAAAUAAUCCCCACAUAUGGCAUAUGUUACACUAUUUUACACAACAAACCUGUGAUUCCUUGAUGACGUAGCCCUUUAUGUCCCCAAUCGUCUGCCAAAAUCUAAAUUUUGCAUCCGUAAUUAUCACUCACUGAAUCUGAGCUGGACUCAACUGCAUCCCGGGAUGUCGUUAAAUGUCAUUUGCAAAUACAUAUCGGAAAUCGAACCCAACUUCGAGCCCUGCAUGACAGUAGUAGUUGACCAUUAAUUUAAAUGGGCAUUCAAUUCACCCUCCGGUCCCGUGUGGAGCAAAUGCAAAGAUUUAUUGUAAUGGCCUGACAUGAGAGAUAGUGUGCCCUAAUUGUGGUGCGUUUCAUGGAGAUAUGCAAACUAAGAUAUGGAUGGCGAAAAUCGGAUUAUUCUCAAUGUGGGAGGCAUAAGAUACGAAACUUACAAAGCGACUCUGAAAAAGAUUCCAGCCACACGCCUUUCACGUCUGACGGAGGCACUGGCCAAUUAUGAUCCUAUUCUUAAUGAAUACUUCUUCGAUAGGCAUCCAGGAGUUUUCGCACAAAUCCUCAAUUACUAUAGAACUGGCAAGCUACAUUAUCCUACGGACGUUUGCGGGCCAUUAUUCGAAGAGGAAUUAGAAUUUUGGGGAUUGGACUCCAAUCAAGUGGAACCAUGCUGCUGGUCUACUUACAGUAUUCAUCGUGACACACAAAAUACCUUAGCCAUUUUAGAUAAAUUAGAUAUAGAUAGUGAAAGGCCAUCGGAAGAGGCUGUAGCUAGAUUGUUUGGAUUUGAAGACGCUCUGAUUAAUGGGCAAGUUUCGUGCUGGCAACGCUUAAAACCGAAAAUAUGGGCUCUGUUUGAUGAGCCUGCAAGUUCGACAGGAGCGAAGAUUAUUGCCGGUUUAUCUGUAUUUUUUAUAUGCAUUUCUGUGAUAUCGUUUUGCUUGAAGACUCAUCCUGGUUUUCGAGUGGGAUUCCCAACGCCUUCGGCAUCAACAUCAAUCAUUGAAACAGGAGCCCCAUCAUCAUCACAAGCAGCAGAGACUGAUGGCAGAGUCCUGGCUCCAUCAUUCUCCACUUUACAUCGAGGAGCCCGAGAUGUUUCUCUCAUUUCACCCACAAACUCCGAGGUAACAGGCAACUACAACGCAGCUUCUGCCAGAGGACUUUCAGCUACGGAGAGCAAAGGAGUCAAGGGAGCAACAACUGCGAGACCGCAGCAAGUUUAUACCUCGGCACCGAGCUCUGUGAAACUACCUUCCGCACAUGUAGCGUCCGUGGUGAAAGUUGAACGGUCGGAUCGAUCUAAUCACUCGAAAACUAGAUAUAACUUUACUACAAAAACACCCUACCGACUGGGCCACGAGUCAUUCGGGCAACCCCAUGAAGCCUUCUUCUACGUGGAGCUCGUUUGCAACGUGUGGUUUUUCUUUGAAGUUAUCGUAAGAUUUAUCGUUUCACCGAAUAUGUGGCAGUUUAUAAAGUCGCCCGUCAAUUUAAUUGACUUCACUGCCACUUUGAGCUUUUAUACGGACGUGAUGCAACGCAUGGGGGAGGAUACUGGACUGUUGGAGGCCUUUUCGAUUAUAAGGAUACUAAGACUUUUUAAAUUAACCCGACAUUCACCUGGACUUCGGAUACUUAUCCACACGUUCAAAGCAUCAGCAAAGGAAUUGACAUUGCUGGUAUUUUUUCUCGUGCUGGGGAUUGUGGUUUUCGCGAGUUUGGUCUACUAUGCGGAGAAAUUGCAGGAUAAUCCGGAUAAUCAAUUUAAAAGCAUCCCAUUGGGCCUGUGGUGGGCAAUUGUGACGAUGACAACCGUGGGGUAUGGAGACAUGGCCCCAAAGACAUACGUCGGAAUGUUCGUCGGAGCCCUGUGCGCUCUCGCUGGUGUGCUUACCAUCGCUCUGCCAGUUCCAGUCAUCGUGAGCAACUUUUCUAUGUUCUACUCUCACACGCAGGCUCGUUCGAAACUGCCGAAGAAGAGACGACGUGUCAUGCCUGUUGAGCAGCCGCGCCGGAAACGUGAGGUGGGACCGCCGAACCGCCGUAUGAACGCCAUCAAGCAUCAGCACGCAUCGUCCCACCACCAUCCAGCCAUAUUUAAGGACGCAUUUGGAAGUGCCAAAAUAGGACAUGUCAAUGGUGUCAACGUUAUCGGCUUAAGUCUUCAGGGACCUUCCGUGCCGCUCGCUGUUAUGAAAUCAUCAGGAUCUCAGCACGGUGAAUUCCUAAGUGUUCCGCCUGUACACAGCCUUCAACCUCGAGCUGCCACGACUGGGAGCGAUUUCCUGCUGCCUCUGCAACCCAAACUUCUUGCUCCGCUAGAACGUAAGGAUCCACCACCCUUGUCUUCAUCGACAGCACCAUCAGCAUCUGCGAUGGGGUCGCACUCUAUCCCUGGAUUAACGGUAAUGGCGACAACAACUGCAACACCAACGGCGGCUGUAAAUUCCGAGGAAUGCUGUACAGCAGCUGGUUGCGGGGCAACGGCGAUGGGGACACCAAACAAGAUGCUGGGAGCAUCCCAUGUGACGGCAACCACACAAACCAUGUUAAAGAAGGACAUGAUUCCCUUAUACCAGCCCAAAGUUACAUUACAAAAGGAUGAAGUAUCUGAUAAUGCAGGAAAUGAGACACCAGGCGAUUAAUCUAAAUCUGAGCUAAUCCAAUACAUUGUUCCUCGGUUUUGGCUGGGAACUUUGGGUGUUGUAAGUAUGUGUCCACGGAGGAUUCUUCAUUUUGAAGACGUUUUACAUGACGUAACCUUAUUUGAUGCUGGAGGGUAAACAAUUUAGAAUGCAUAAGCAUGAGUAACUCGUGCAUUGCAAGUCAGUUAUAUUCGCAUUUGAGUAAGUAUUAUUACAGCCAUUUUUUAAUCAGCAGAGGGUAGCCAAACAGGGUAGUCAGAGUACAAAGCAAUUCUAAGUACGUGCAGGACUCUAACUUACAACACUCACUGUCGAACAAAUAUGGAAUCAUACAUAAUCUUUCUGCGAGAAAUUAUUGGUAAUUUCUCGGAAGCCAUGUAGUUAAGAUGAAGAAUUAUAGAUUAUAUUCUGUAACACAACUCCGGCACCGAUCCAAAUACACUAGUAUGUCGAUUAGUGCGUCCCUAUCAUCGCAGUCGCUACCCCCACGUUGGAUGGAAUCGGAUAUUCGCCAUUGAAUUCAGCGCAGAGAACAGUCAUCUUAGGGAUAUCAAUACUAUCUUAAAGCCAUUUGGGAGAUAUAUGAAAUUUUGUAUUAGAAAUUACGUCUUUGGACUUUUUUUAUAACAAAUUAGAUGUAAACAAUGCGUACGUAUACACUUACCUUUCACCGUAGGCUACAUAUUCAAACGAGUUCGUACUUACUUAAAUAUAUACUUACAUACAUGUGUAUUUCGGCGUCCUCCAUUACUAAAUUGUGGUUUUGAGAGAAUCUGCAGGAGAGAUACCUAAAAUCGUUGAAAGUUUUUGUUUUAGAUCGUGUCGGACGGAGUAAUUACGGAUAAUGGCGUCAACUUCAGAAUCUAACUUAUUCUGUCUAUCGAAACUUAAUGAGCAGAGUAUUUAAACAAAAAACCUCAGAUAGUAUUUUAGUGAAUUUCGGGAAACUUGUCAAGAACGUUUUAAACUACUUUAAUAAUAUUUGCUGUUGUCGGAAGUUAUCUGGUUGUUAAAAAAGGAGCCGCUCUUGUAUUGGCUUUUCUAAUUUUCCUGUCAUUUAUGUUCAUUUAUCAAACUAGUUGAGUAUUUAUAGAAAAAUUUUUAACCUUGAUGUAUUGAUUCUAUUUUGUAAGUUCGGUACUUUAGUGAGGGAAUAGCUCAGAAAGUCCCUGACCAAUUUAUAUUUUUACUGACUUUGUUGUUGAAUGAAGUGGAACACUCUAUCAGAAAAAAAGUAUUGCAUAUUAGGAUGUGACAAGGAAAUAAAUAUACCAAAUUAACUAUCCUGGAAUAUCGAAAUUUUGAGAAUAAAAUGUAUUUUAAAUACUAGAUAUUUAUUUCGGUAAAUAAAAAUGUGAAUACAA